UCGGCUUUUUCCAUAGGGAGGUCAUUUUGAGCAUGCGCACUUCGCCGGCGUAUUGCACAUGUGUAAUAAUGGCUGCCUUGUCAAGACCAGAUUCUUUGACAGGGUGUAUGAUAUGGGCCCAACUGCAAGGCAUACCUAAGACAAUGAGAUGGCCAGUAAAAGUUGUGACUUUGCCACUUGUUACUGCAAUUCUGAUCGUGCCUGGAACAGGAAAUAGCAAGCAGCCAUCUUGGAUUUAUCAUGUGCUUUUAUGGAAAUUGAAAAUUGUGGAAUUAUUUUUUUUUAAACAGUUUAUAUUAAAUGUUCAACUAAUUACUUUUUCAAGAAAAAUGACUUUUUUUAUUGGAGGAACUAGUUAUGGAAGAAAAUAGAACUGCACGUUCUUAUAUCAGAUUGAAGAGAUGUGCACAUCUAUUUGCAUGUGUAGAAUUUUGCAGUGUUAAAAAUUUUGAUUUCCAUGUGGAUGAAUACAGUAAACGAAUUUAUUUAUUUGACAACAAAAGUGUAAGAGAACUUUGGCAAUUUAUUUUGAACUGUGAAUAUAGAGGAGCUUGUAUUGUAAAUAUAAUUCCAGAUGUUGUACCUGAGUGAUCAAUGUGGUUGGUUGAUUUUGUUAACAUUUUGUAAGUACCUGUCAAGUCUCAUGCUUAAAGUACAGGCAACGGGACUCCCAACAAAAGUUGUGAUAUGCGGGGAGCUAGUUUCGUCGCAAACAGCAACAAAUUUUAUGCUAUAGAGCGAACUUUUGUUGCAGAGCGCGGACAGAUCUACAGUGAAAAUUUGCUCACUAAAGCAAUUUCACGACAAUGUUUUAGCAAAUUUUUGCCAUUAAACUAAAUUUACUAAUGGUCAAUAAAUGGAAAUACAUAAAUGUGAAUAAUUUC